AUGCAACAUUUGAGUUGGCAAUUGGCAAGGAACAUACGCUUUUCAAAUCAAAAAAUGUUUACAUUAAUCAAACAAAUGCUUAUACGAUCAUUAGCUUAUAGUAAAAUGAUCGCUGAUAUGUUGAGUGUUUACGAUAAGUCAAUUCGGAUGCAUCCAAGACAGAAAGGGGAAGUAUCGCAUUAUUGUUCUACUUGUGAGAUCGAAGUUUGGAAUAUCUUGUUUGUUCGUGAAGUAAAUGGUAAAUUUCCCGUCUACUGCGUUCAGUGUGCUCGUAAAGCAGACCUCUCAAAUUUUACUGUCCUUCAGCAGUACACAUUCGAUGAUCUUUGUAGCGUUUUUGACCAAUUUCGUCUUUAUCCGGUAAAUUGA